UUCGCUUUUUCAACGCUUCAAUAAUUACUUUUAAUAUCACAUCAUACAAAUUUAUAUACAUGAAUAAUCCACGGAUCAUUUUAAAAUCUAUUGGAUAUAACCCCAAGGUCAUGCAAAACAUACGUAAAAACGGUUUCCUGCGUUAUCACUCGGCUAUCAGCUCAUCUAACUCGGCGAAAUGCCCCCAGAGAUCCUGUCAAGUUACCCCAUAUCCGAUCUGCUGACAGUGAUUCUCACAACAUCGCCAACACCUUCUGCUCCGUCCACAGAACUAAUAUCAGCAAUACUUUCAUCAUUUCGCACACACUGUCCACUCUUACUAUCUUGUCGAGUGAUUGUUGUCUUUGACACCUAUGAGCGCAUUGUAUCCCAUGCGAGAUUGAAGAAGGGUCAUGUUACUCCUGACGGGGCUAGGACUUUUGAUCUUUACAAGCAGAAUGUAAAACAAGUUAUUACGAAUGAGUUUCUCACUGGAAAAUUCGAUGGAAUCAUGAUUGAAGGCCAGGACGAGGCGGAAUUUGGCCACAGUAGACAUGAGACCAACUCAGUUCCAUUCACGACAUUCCAAACUACCGGCAACCGUGUCACAUUUAUAGAACCUUCUAAGAGGUUAGGAUUUGGAUUGGCUGUACGCUCGGCUCUAAGACUGACCGAGACCCCUUAUGUAUGGGUCCAGCAGCAUGACUGGCCUCUAGUCUCCGAUAUUCCCAUAGAACCGUUACUGGAUACCAUGAAAACGACUGAUGCUGACGAGAGAUCUCCUGUGAGAUAUGUCUGUCUACCAUCGAUACGCCUAUUGUCUUAUGCAGAUUCAGCCCAUGUUGCACACUUCCCCGUCCUAAGAGACUUGACUGCCUCUCUCAAGUGCGACUUCGUAACGGAGCCUGGAGCCAGCGUCCCAUUAACGCCCAUGUUUUUCUGGCACGACAAGCCACAUAUAGCAUCCACCCAGCAUUAUCUUCGGCGAGUCUUCCCAACACGUCUUGCCAUGCUGCGGGGUGCUUUCAUCGAGGAUACUAUCGGCCAGCGAGCGAGAAACCAGAUGAAGGAGGGUAACUGGGUUAAGUGGGCGACCUGGAUGUACUACCCCGAUCAGGGAAGGACGUUGUGCUUGAGACAUCUCCAAGGACGUACCUGGGAAGGUACAGAAAAGGAGUUGGAAAGGAAAGCCAUGUGGAUGGCGCAGGGCACAAAGCGCAACCUCGUCGAAUCCAGUCUAGAAGUGUAGAUGGUUUCCCCAUUCCACCACAAACUUCUUCAUGGUAGAGUUCUGGCUGUUUCUUAGGGUCCAUAAUCAGAUCAUCGUCGAUCUUAUAGGUGCCAUCUUUAAUCCAAUUCCCCUCCAUAACUAGAGGGCCGUUGCGAUCAAGGGGGGAGUAGAGCGAUCAUCUUGUUGGUCAAUGUCCGCUAGAUUCGACCCCGCGCACUUGGACUCUCGUACAUCAAAUGAAGAUGAACUCCACUGAGGAUGUCGGCAAGUCUUUUCUCGACAACUUGCACUAUACCUCCUAUGCCACUGAAUCUAGGAACGGCGCUCAUACUAGCCAAAGAGGUGGGAUUCGAUGGCACCGGAGGUUU